AUGAAGUGCACCGCGUUCCGGUUCCUGUCCCGCCGCUAUCUAAACCCAAACACCCUCGCCGUGCGCUGGAAACACGAUAAAGUCAGCCCCAGUAAACCGGACCUCCAUAGCGGACCAGGCCUGCAGGACUUCAUUAGUGCCUCCGCAUCGUCAAACGGUAUAAAUGUCCACCAGGUUCAACACCCUCGGGACAUCCCGCCGUACCUGUCCCGGGAGAGUCUGCUGGGCCAGAGGAGGAAGGUGUUCUUCGAGGUGUACGGUUGCCAGAUGAACACCAACGAUACGGAGAUUGUGUGGUCGAUACUUAAGGGUCACGAGUACCAGCGGACCGGAAGCAUUAAGGACGCCGACGUGGUGCUGCUGAUGACCUGCGCGAUUCGGGACGGAGCGGAGAGUACGGUGUGGAACCGGUUGAAGCACGUGCGGUUGAUGAAGGAGCGGCGGGAAUCGGAGGGAAGGGCAUUGCAGGUUGGGGUUCUGGGCUGUAUGGCCGAGCGGUUGAAGCGGCAGCUGGUGGAGAAGGAGGGUUCCGUUGAUGUGGUUGCGGGUCCGGAUAGCUACAAGGAUUUACCGCGGUUGUUGGCGGUUGGCCAGAAGGGACAGAAGGCGAUCAACGUGCUGCUUUCGUUGGACGAAACGUACGCGGACGUGAUGCCGGUGAAGCUGGAUCGGAAAUCGCGGACGGCGUACGUGUCGAUCAUGCGAGGUUGCGACAACAUGUGCUCGUACUGUAUUGUUCCGUUUACGCGAGGGAAGGAGCGGUCCCGGCCGGUGGCUUCCAUCCGCGAGGAGGCUCUUCAUUUGGAGGCGAAAGGAAUUAAGGAAAUUACGUUGCUUGGCCAGAACGUGAACAGUUAUCGGGAUCUUAGUACGGAGUCGGAUGGCAAGAAGCAAGCCUCCGUUCUAGCACCAGGUUUCAAAACUGUCUACAAAACUAAGGUUGGAGGCCUCCGAUUCGCCGAACUUCUAACUGAACUCGCGGAAACAGUUCCAGAGAUGCGAAUCAGAUUUACCUCUCCUCAUCCAAAGGACUUCCCCCGUGAGGUUCUAGAAACCAUCGCUCGCUACCCGAACAUCUGCAAGAAUCUCCACUUACCAGCACAAUCCGGCAGCUCAACCGUCCUGGAACGAAUGCGCCGCGGCUACACCCGGCAAGCCUACCUAAACCUAGUCGACGAAGUACGCACCAUCGUGCCGAACGUGACCCUGUCCAGCGACUUCAUCUGCGGAUUUUGCGGUGAAACCGACGCAGAAUUCGCCGAAACGCUGUCCCUGAUCGAGCAGGUCGGCUAUCACACGGCAUUCCUGUUUGCGUACAGCAUGCGGGAGAAAACGACCGCCCAUCGGCGCUUCACGGACGACGUCCCAAACCCCGUCAAACAGCAACGCCUACGCGAAAUGAUAAAAGUCUUCCGCGCGGGAGCGGAACGCCUGAACGCACAGUUUGUCGGUCGCGAAGAGUUGAUCCUCGUCGAAGGGACGAGCAAGCGGUCGCCGAACGAUUUGGCCGGGCGAAACGAUGGCAACGUGAAGGUGAUUAUUCCCGGAGGGGAUGUUCCCGUUGGAGGGGAGGACGCCGACGAACGGAAGACCAUCGUGAGUGGGGAUUACGUCGCGGUCAGGAUUGUGGAGUCGAAUUCGCAGAUUCUGAAGGCGGUGCCGCUGUAUCUGAGUAGUAUCAGAGAGUUUGCCGACAGGAAUGGAGCCAAGAAGUUGGCGGAGAGUUUGUCUUUGCCCUCCUACUCCUCCUCCUGCUUCCCCUCGUCCACAAACUUGCUACAAACAGGACCGCCGCGACCCCGCCGUGAACCUGUUCCGGUGGUUCGUGAGAGAAGCAGGUCCCGGUCACGGUCGCUCUCACCGGUGGAGCGACGGCUGCGCCAGCUAGACGAGGAACGCCAACGGAAGGAGGCCCAGCUGAGGAAGGCCGCUGAGUCGCAGCGGAAGUACGACCACCGAAGAAGCUCGUCCAGUUCCGGCAGCAGCAGCAGCGAUGGCUCAGAUAACGAAGGACCGGUCGCUCCGCCGGCCCCUCCAGUCAUAUCCAAAGUUGGUUUCAGCUUCCAGAAACCCCCCUCGGCCAAACCCACCUCCGCCGGCUUCCAACUGCAGCAGCAGCAGAAACCAUCCGCCGUUCAGCUCAAGCUGGCGUCCGGUCCAAAAAAGGAAAAGCCGAAGCUGCUUAAGCCAACCGCCAAUGCAUUCGCCGACGACAGCGAUGACGAGCCGGAAGAGAUGCCCGCCGAGUGCCGGAUGAGGAUGCGGAACAUUGGCCGCGAAACGCCCACCAGCUCCGGGCCGAACUCGUUCGGUAAGACCAAGCACGGCUUCUGCGACUCCAAGAAGAUGCUGGAAAAGAAGCUCAACUCGCUGCACGACAGCUAGACUGGUGGCCCCGCGAUCCGCGCGUUCCAGGUUCGUUUUCUUGAGAUUCUCACCCACACACACAAUUUGCACUGAGGACACACAGGUAACGUGUUCGUUCGUUCUACUUUCACUUUAAAAUUGUGGAAAGAUAAAAAAAAGUAGAUAUUUGGAAGAUUAGGGUGUGUGUUCGCUGGGCAAGCGAACGGGAAUCGUCGCGCCCGGUUUCUUUUGCUCUUCUAUUUUUAAUUCUGUAUCCAAGCAAAUCAUCAAUCUUAAGCUGUACUUGAAUUCUUUAAGUAUAGACCAAUUUCAAUAAAGUUGAUAUUCUAACUUAA